AUGAACGAGUCGAUAGACCAUUACGACUCGGAUAACUCGCCUUACUCGAUUCGCCCAUUGCCUCCAGUCCUUCGUCAUGGCCUCGCCGCCGUGGCGGCGAUGGGGUUCUUCUCCUUCUUCACCAGUCUCGGCUUAUUAACGUUCCUGACGUACAAGCUGAUAACAUGGCACAACGGGCCACCGAGGGAAGAAAAGAAGGAUCCUAUAGCAAAGGUCGAAUCGCCACCGCCGACGGAGGCUGCGUUUAUAAUUCCGAACGAGUGGUCAGCAUCCCAGCAAGAGUUAUCGGAGAAGCCGACGAAAGAGACAUGGAUACAACGAGCGAUCAACGAGCCUCCAAACCAGUUUUUGGUUCUAAUCUUCAACCUUCUACUGGCCGACAUACAGCAGGCAUUGGCUUUCUUGUUGAACGUGGAGUGGCUUACAAGAAAUGCGAUUGAGGUGGGAACGAAAACUUGCUGGACGCAAGGAUGGUUUAUCUCGACAGGCGACCUCGCCUCCUCCGUCUUCAUCACGGCUAUCGCCAUGCACACAUACAUAUCAAUCGUCAGAGCAAAGAUGCUGCCAACAUGGGCAUUUCACACCGCCAUAGUCAUGAUGUGGGGUUUCGUGUACGGCACCGGAAUCCUCGGCGUGAUUGUCACGGAGAACGGCAAGAAUGACGGCGGCUUGUACGUUAGAGCAGGGGCAUGGUGCUGGAUCAACUCGAAGUAUCAGGACAUACGACUCACCUUACACUAUCUAUGGAUCUUCAUUUCUCUGAUUGAGUGGUGGGGUUGUCCCCUGUUGUGGCUCUCCCGCGCCCGAGCCAGCUUGCUGCGGCUCAUCAACAUGCGGAGAAACAUCAAGCUGCAGUGGAACGACCUGUGUUGGAUCGAAUUCUGGAAGAGCAUCAUCUUGCAGGAGCGGAAGCACCUCAACAAGUAA